AUGUGGCCAUCAAACCCAAAUAUCAAAGUCAUGCCGCAAGGUGCGGCACCCUCGUCCCCACCAUUGUCCCCGGGCUCCAGCCGGAAGGGCAGUCCUUGGCACGGGCCAAUGCCGUCACACGGGCAAUUUUCCCCUCCACCAAUGCCGUCCAUCACCGUCCGCCGGCUAGUCGGCCUUCACGGCCUUCACGGCCCCAGCUUCAGCUUUACCCGAGCAAUAGACCCGGAUCAGCUUUCACCACAAUCCCGCAGCACCUCCUCGGAAACUUCAUCCGAUUCAGACGACGACGAUCUGGGUACAAACAGUCUUCCGCGAUCCAUGCAGCCAUCGCCGUCGCCGUCACGGUCGCCUUCCCCACCACCAAUUCGCCCGGGACGAGUCGUGACAAAUCCCAACCUCAUUGUCGAGGAGAUGAGCGAUGGCAGCGACGAUGAGGACGAAAAUGCAGGUGUCUCUGUGAUCUAUCCGGAUACCAUCGAGUACGCCGAAUCAGAACGAAGUCGGUCCAGGUCCCGACGUCAUCGAGGAGAAAUCUAUGAAAACGUCAUGCACGAGCUCGGUCAACUGAACUGCAGUGAUGACGACUCGACAGACAUCGAAGAGGCCGAACACCACGAGAUGGUGAGGCGGCAGCGGGAGGAGCGGAGGCGCAAGCGGAUGACGUCGGGCAGCGUCGGCAAGCGGACAUUCGCCGAGAGCAUGGGAAGCGACUCAGACCGCGAAGAUCCCAGGGACUUCAAACGGUUAUUUACUAGUGCAGGAGAGGAGCCUGGCCCUUACUGCACACCACGACGUAUGUUCACCAGAGUUGGUGACCGCCGCCGCGGAGGCGUGCAAGUUGUCUCGGAGCCGAUGCCGCCGCCGCCACCGAGGAUUGAUGAGAUCGAGGAGCCGGAUUCGAGUAAUGAGGAGAUUCUUGUUGAUGAGUCAACAUGGUCUAGAGAACUGCCUUCUUAUGAGUGUGUCAUGGAUAUUGAUUCACCAUGA